UUAGAAUAAAUAAUGUGAUCAAAGAAUAGGCAAUUAAAAUAAGCAAUUUUAUUUUGGUAAAAGGAAAAAUGUGAAGGCCAAAUAAAUCACCCUUUUUCCUAUACUAUAUAAUAGUUGAUUACUUAUUUUAUCAAGCUAUCCUACAGUUUUCAGAGUCCUUUUCAUAUAAAUGAUACCAUUUAAUCUUCAUAACCACUCUAGGCCUGUUUCUUACUCUGUCAGACAUGAAUAAAUCCUACCCUGCCUGCCUGUCUGCCUAGUUGUCCAACACGACCCUUUUCGUACCUGUGUUUCCAUCAUCGCUCUCCAAAGCUGUCCCCUCUCCCUCACAGGUGGCCUUCCCUGGGGGACAGUCAGCAGCCUCAGCUUCCAUGCUGCCUUUCACCUUCCUCCUCUUCCUUCUUCACUCUGGCUGUCUCCACGGAGGAAACAAUGACCUCCAAAAGGACCUGAAGGGAUUAAAGACUGAAUUUGCUGUCCGCCUCUACCAGAGCUUGAUGGGAAGUAGAAAUGGGACAAACUUGGUCAUCUCGCCAGCCAGUGUGUCUGUCCCUCUGGAGUUACUACAGUUUGGAGCACGAGGAAACACCUGUUUGCAACUUGAAAGGGCCCUGGGGUAUACAGUUCAUGGCAAAAGGGUGCAUGAUUUCCUGCAAAAUGCUCAGGCAGCAGCUACUACUUCUGGCUCAGGGACCACAAUUCAACUGACAUGUGCCUUUUUUGUACAAAAUGGAACACACCUGUCCUCUCAUUUCACUGAGCACAUCUCGCUGUGGGCCAACAGCAGCCUGGAGACAACCAACUUCAGUGAACCUAACAGGACCACAGCUCAGAUCAAUAGAUGGGUCUCUAGGUUUGCUGCAGAUGAGAAACCAGAAAAUGUCUCCUUGGAAAGGAUCCACUCGGCCCUUGCUCAGAUUGUGCUGGUGAGCACCAUGUCCUUCCAUGGCAUUUGGCAAAAGAGAUUUUCCUUCACAAACACCCAGCUGUUGUCUUUUACCAGCCCAGAAGGCCUCAUUCUCAGAGUGCCCAUGAUGUACCAAACUGCUGAUGUCAAUUAUGGUCAGUUCCAGAUCACAAAUAAGCAACAUGUUGGGGUUCUUGAGCUGCCCUAUCAAGGAAGCUCAGUGAGUCUGUUCCUGGUACUCCCGCGGGAGAGAGGAGUUCCUCUGGGCCUUCUCGAGCCAUACCUCACAGCCAGAGCCAUUCACAUCUGGAUGACUAGCCUGAAGAGAACCAAGAUGGAUGUUUUCCUACCCAGGUUCAGGAUCCAAAACCACUUCAACCUGAAAGAUGUUUUCAGUUCUUUGGGGAUCACAGACCUGUUUGAUCCAUUCAAAGCUAACUUGAAAGGAAUUUCAGGCCAAGAUGACCUUUAUGUUUCUGAGGCAAUUCACAAUGCCAGAAUUGAAGUUUUAGAAGAUGGCACCAAAGCAUCUGGGACAACAGCUCUAGUACUACUGAGAAGAUCUAGGACUCCAUUUUUUAAGGCAGACAGACCGUUCAUCUUUUUCCUGAGAGAAUCCAAUACAGGUUCUGUCUUCUGUAUUGGAAGAGUUACAAAUCCCCUAGAAUAAUAGAUCUCCAAGGUGGUUUCUUCACUUUCCUCUGUGCAUUCAGCUUUCUUCCCCUCAACAAACUUGUGACUACUUUUAUUACAUCUGAAUUCUUCUAGAAUAAAGGUGUGUGAUUUGAAUGAA